AUGGCUGCUAUUGAGGGAACUGGUGGUGCGGGGGGCAUUGUGCUUCCCAUGACAAUGUCUGGCGACGGUUUUACCGAGGCAAUUUACUCUAUUGGGGUGACUGUGAGCUCUGGAGCGACGUUCGAGAUGCAAGUCGACUGCGGCUCGUCGGACGCAUGGCUUGCAUCGAGCUCAUGCAAGUCGACAGUGUGCCAACGGGCUGGAACAUCCCUAUACGGCUGGUCGCCUACAACAGUCGACUCAGGGGCGGUCACCGAUUUUACUUACCUUGUUGGAAGUGUGCAAGGUAAUAUUGUGUUUGAGAACAUCAGGCUUGGCAGCUACCCCAUUGCCAACCAAGCUUUGCUCUCGGCAUCACAGAUCGAAAACGAGCGGCUCACCUCCAACUUUGUUGGAUUACUGGGCCUUGCCCUCGAGUACAACUCCUUGUUCGUUGACCAAUUCAAGGACAAGCUGGAAUUUUCCGUUUCUACCGUCGCGACCAACCUCUUCUCCUCUCCCACCUCUCCUUCCAAUCGUUGGGUUGGAAUUUCUCUGGAACGUCCCGGGCAGUCGAACUCCGGUAUCCCAUCGCUCCUCUCGAUCGGCAGACACCCCUCAAAAGUCGUACCCGAUCCAUCCAAAAUAGUUUACUCCCCCAUUACCGAUGCGACACACUGGAGACUACCCAUCACCGAGAUAGCCGCUUGGUUGGUCGGCAGCUACAAUACUACUACACAGGCGUACAACUUCAACACUCGCAGGGAGGUUCAUUGA